CUCAGCUUCUCCGAUCGCCUUGUGUCUUGUUUGCGGACGACAUGAAGAUUUAGGGAGAAAUUGUCGCUCCCGACUAUUGUGAUGUACUUUAGCAAGACCACAACCGCUUAUCCACAUGGUCUGCAGAAGUGCAUCUCCCGGUCAACCCAGCUAAGUCUGUAUUUAUGAGCCUGGGAAAGGGUGCUGACGGCCAAACCUACACCCUUGACGGCCAACUGCUGUAUCCUAUACCCUCCGUGGAUGGCCUGUGUGUACUCUCGCGCUACGAUUUGAAGUCCCUGGAUAACACCAAGAGGCCAUAUCGUAACGGACUGCGCAUACUUUGGGCGCUCAGACGUAGCUUCGGCACAUGGUCUGAAGAGGUUGCCACUCGCCUCUUUUCUGCCAUCAUUAGAACAAUGCUAGAGUACGGUUCGCCCGCCUACUUUCCGAUUACCCGAGGCGAGACACAAAAGAUCGAACGGGUCCAACACGUUGCUACCAGGCUCAUCCCGAGUUUACGUGGCUUGGGGUAUGAAGACCGGUGCGAGAAACUGGGGCUCUACACCUUGUCCUAUCGCCGGGUGCCAGUCGAUCUCAUUAUGACCUGCCGUAUUCUACAUCUCGGUGACUUCCCAUACUGAGGCCAAUGCUGCACUUCCGUGGGCCAUGCAGCAUACGCGGACCAAGGUACAAACUUGUCGUGCCGGAUGUGAAACGUGUUCCCCACCCACUGUGCUUCGAACGGAGAAUGGUAAAUAUUUGGAACAGUUUGCAACAUCAGUGCAGCAGCUCAAAACGUUGUUAGAUUUAUAUCUUACCACUAUUCGAUUCAGAGGACGAUUGCACAUUUACCAUGACAUCGCACAUUUGUGAGUCUUGCAAUAUCGUCAGAUAUUUUAAAUCUUACAUGAGAACGAUUGUGAUAUUCACGACUGACAAUUUUUAUAAGGUUUUUCACCAUGUUUCG